AAAUAAAUUUGAAGCAGUUCAUGUAGCCCAGACAGGAGGAUACAAAUUAUAUCAGUGCUCUUCUGAAAUGUAGCUGUCUGAGUUAACAGUAAAUAUUACCUGAUGUGACGAUUAUAAAGACACGUGCCACACGAAGUAACCUGGAGCAGAUGAUUUAGGUUCGGGUUGUCGUGGAGUUACUGGAUUUUAAGGCAAUAAGGGAGUUUUUUGCACAAAAAACACACAGAGAGGGUGGUGACGUCUCGUGACCAUGGACAAAAUAGCAAAAGAUGUUGGUGAUAUCCAGUCUAGACUGCUGGACCACAGACCUGUCCUACAGGGGGAGAUCAGAUACUUUGUUAGAGAAUUUGAGGAGAAAAGGGCAUUUAGGGAGUGCCGUCUGCUGGAAAACCUAAACAAGAUGGCGACUGAGACCAAUGAACAAAUACUGCCCAAAUGCACAGAGAGCAUGCAGAACAACUUAUGUGACAUACUGACCAGAUUGGAAGCGGCCAAUCAUAUGACACAAAGAAUCCAGCAGAGGGAGCUAGAAGCCCAGAAUAGCCCACAGCUGCAGGUGUGUAUGGAGAGGCGUAGGGAGGACUGGGAGGAGUUCCUGAAGCAGCAGGUUCAGCUGAAGGAGGAGGUGGAUGAGGAGCAUCUUAAAGCCGUAGGCAGACUCAGCACUCAGUACAGCGAGAUGAAGAAAGAUCUCACAAAGCACUCCCACUUCUGACAUCUUCCUUGUGUGUCCCAGUUAAUAUACUGUGCAGCAUUUCAGAAUUUCUGCAAGGUAUAUGAUUCUCCUCUUAUUCUGAUGAUGACCUCUGACAUGAGGAUGACGCAGGAUUGGAGCUGUGUAGAAAUAGUAGUGUCAGGGGACUUUUAUGUGUAUGAUGUGGGACUGUGCAAAAGCCUACGCCUUUUGGGAAGUUGAAUUCAUCUCCUCUCUGAUUAAGCUGCACCUCCCUGUGGACCCUGAAUUUAAUUUGCUCAAUGAUGAUUCAGGAUGCUACAUCAUGGGAGGAUCCUGGGAAAUAUAGCUUGCUGGAUUAACUGCAAGGCAUCGCCCAAUGUUGAUAACCCUCAAAACCUAUACUAAAAUCUAUACUUGCUCCAUUC